AAGUGAAUUUCUGUUGCUUUUUCCUUUUCGUACCACUUCUCGUUCAAGCAGUUACCUUUUCUCAGCUUCAGGUCCCUCUCCUCUGGUUUCUUCCCUUCCCCAGCCAUAAUCUGUCAAGUCUCUCUCCUUACACUGUUUCUUCGCGUUUCCGUGUUCACUGCCCAGCUGCGAGAAUGGGGUGGGGAAGCAUAUACAAGAGGCGUGUUAGAGUAUUUACAAUGGCCUUAGUAAUCUACCUAGAUUAUAAGUCCGUACAACAGCGAGAGAAAUGGACAAGCAAAUCUAAACAAUCUGUUUUGUGGGAGAAGGCUCAUGAGCGUAAUGCUAAGCGAGUUUUAAGUUUGAUAAUAGAGAUGGAAGGCUUGUGGGUGAAACUUGGCCAAUAUAUGUCAACACGAGCAGAUGUUCUUCCUGCAGCUUAUAUACGCCUUUUGAAGCAGUUACAGGACUCUCUUCCUCCUCGCCCAUUGGAAGAGGUCUAUGGCACAAUACAGAAAGAGUUGGGGAAAUCAAUGGAUGAGCUAUUUGCUAAUUUUGUCAAUGAACCAUUGGCAACAGCAUCGAUAGCGCAAGUCCACCGUGCAACCCUGCUCAGUGGUCAGGAAGUGGUUGUUAAAGUUCAACAUGAUGGAGUAAAGAGAGUCAUAUUGGAGGAUUUAAGAAAUGCAAAGUCAAUUGUCGACUGGAUAGCGUGGGCUGAGCCACAGUACAACUUUAAUCCUAUGAUUGAUGAAUGGUGCAAAGAAGCACCUAAAGAACUUGACUUUAAUCAUGAAGCUGAAAACACCAGAACAGUGGCUAAAAAUCUUGGUUGCAGAAACCAAUAUGAUGGAAAUAGGAGUGCCAACCGGGUGGAUGUUUUGAUCCCUGAUGUAAUUCAGUCUACAGAGAAAGUGCUUGUUUUAGAGUACAUGGACGGCAUUCGAUUGAACGAUCUACAGGCAUUAGAGUAUUUUGGAGUAGAUAAACAAAAGAUUGUUGAGGAGAUUACUCGUGCCUAUGCUCACCAAAUAUAUGUUGAUGGGUUUUUCAACGGUGAUCCUCAUCCAGGAAAUUUUCUAGUGAGCAAGGAAGCUCCACAUCGUCCCAUUUUACUUGACUUUGGGCUUACAAAAAAACUAUCAAACACGAUUAAGCAAGCACUUGCAAAGAUGUUUCUGGCAGCUGCUGAGGGGGACCAUGUGGCUCUUCUGUCUGCCUUUGCCGAAAUGGGGCUUAAGUUGCGUCUUGACAUACCUGAGCAGGCAAUGGAGGUAACAACUAUAUUUUUCCGUUCAACGACACCUGCAAAUGAAUCCUAUAAAACCGUCAAGUCUCUUAACGAUCAAAGAGCCAAAAACAUGAAAGUUAUACAGGAGAAAAUGAAACUUGAUCAAAACGAAAUGAAACGCUUUAAUCCUGUUGAUGCAUUUCCCGGUGAUAUUGUAAUAUUUGGAAGAGUUCUAAAUCUUCUAAGAGGGCUUUCUUCCACCAUGAAUGUAAAAAUAGUAUAUAUGGACAUCAUGAGGCCAUUUGCAGAAUCAGUACUGAGUGGGUACAUCAAUAGAGGACCAUCAGUAAAUGACAGAUGGAUUUUUGAUUCACCAGUGAACUCUGAUGUAGAAGCCAAGCUAAGGCAACUUUUAAUUGAGCUGGCAAAUAAUGAUAAAAUACUCGGAAUCCAGGUCUGUGCUUACAAAGAUGGAGAAGUCAUUAUUGACACUGCUGCUGGAGUGCUUGGCAAAUAUGAUCCUCGGCGAAACUAAACCUUCAAGAGAAUGUUGCGAAUGUUUGGCCUGCAUUUGGAUCAAACGGGAAAGAUGCGAUUAAGGUUCAUCAUGUGCUUAACCAUGUCUCUGGUUUGCACAAUGCUAUGGCAGACAUCACGCGGGAAAACCCUCUACUAAUGAUUGAUUGGGAUGAAUGUUUAAAUCAGAUUUCUAGGUCAGUGCCUGAGACAGAACCAGGCAAGCAGCAGUUCUAUCACUAUUUGUCAUUUGGGUGGUUGUGUGGUGGAAUCAUUGAGCAUGCAUCUGGCAAGAAAUUUCAGGAGAUCCUUGAAGAAGCAAUAGUUCGCCCCCUCCAUAUUGAAGGAGAGCUAUAUGUAGGAAUUCCACCAGGGGUGGAAUCACGUCUUGCCGCUCUGACUGUAGAUACUGAUGAUUUAAGCAAGCUCUCGGCUAUCACUUCUCGCCCUGAGCUUCCGUCUACUUUCCAGCCACAGCAAAUUGCUCAACUUAUAACCACCUUGCCUCCUCUUUUCAAUACACUGAAUGCUCGCCGUGCCAUCAUACCGGCUGCUAAUGGACAUUUAACUGCCCGGGCACUUGCACGUUACUAUGCUGCCUUGGCUGAUGGUGGCAGGAUACCACCACCUCAUUCUUCUGCUUCCAAGCCACCACUUGGAAGCCAUCCCCACAUCCCCAAAUUCUCUUCUGAGAAGCCCCCUAAAAAGCGCAGUUGUAUGGGGAGGGGAGAUGUAGCUUUACCUACAAGUAAUGCCCCUACAUAUGAAAAAGUCCCUACCCAUGACAGUUUCCAGGACAAUGAAAGCCAAGAUAUUAGCAGAGAUAGUAUUAGCAGUAGUAUAAGUAAUAGCAGAAUGGAUAGUACUCCAAGGAUCAAUAUUACUGGUCAGGUUUUCAGGAAUCCGAAAAUUAUCGACGAAUUCUUGGGAAAAGGAGAUUAUGAGAAUUUAACUUUGCCAGGUGGUGCUUUUGGCCUAGGAUUUAAGAGGUUUAGUUCGAAGGAUGGUUCAUCAAUAGCGUUUGGUCACUCUGGAAUGGGUGGUUCCACAGGGUUUUGUGAUGUUACAAAUAGAUUUGCAAUUGCUGUGACAUUGAACAAGAUGUCAUUCGGUGGUGUCACUGGAAAAGUUGUUCAGCUUGUUUGUUCUGAGUUGAAUAUUCCUGUGCCUGAUGAUUUCCUUAGAUUUUCAGUUGAGCAGAGAGGACCUGAUGGUCAAUUAAAUAUGGGUAGGCCUAUUAUUAAUUGAGGCUCACAUUUUCUCUCUUUUUUAAAACACCUUUUCAUCGGGAAUCAUAUGUAUACAAUUUCAUUUUCCUGGGGCCUUAAGAAUUCAUAAACAAGGAACUUAAUAGUUUUAUAUAUAUACCGGGAGCUGUACCGUUAAAAGUUUAUAACCACGUGAAUGGAUUUAUAUUUUUGUUUCUUA